GACUUAAGCAUGAAAUAAAAAAUAAAUAAAUUAUUGAAAAAUAAAGGAGUAUAAGAUAAAUACAAAUAUUUAUCUAAGUUGAUAUUAUUGGAUCAAGAAAUCAAAGGAAAAAUUAAAAGAAAAAACAAAAAAGAAAAGCAGAAAAGAAAAAACAAAUUAAUAUUAGAGGAAAUGUAAAACACCACCAAUAUUGUUCACGUUCCUGUUCAUAUGGGACACACUCACUAUUUCGAUUAUAUCGACUCCUUCCCUAAGCUUAAAGAAGGUCCCACUCUUGAAGAAAAUCACAUUACUAAUCAAAAAAUUCUCAGAGAAUAAUUGAUUAGUGGUCAAUAAGGUCUUGAAUAAAAUCUCUGCUUAAGAAACUGCUUCAAAUUAAGCCAAAAGAGAUAUAUUGAAUUCUGUUUAGAUAGAAAGUGUGGUGGUGCUGAUUUCUAAAGAGCUGCUACUAUUCUUGGUUAUACCAAAAACUGA